AUGCGGGCAGGAGCGACUUGCGGGAUCUCUUGGACUCGGCCCAGAGGUUGUCGAGGGCAGCCUGGUAGGGAAGAGCGGGAGAAACCCGGCCAGCGCUGGGGCGGUGGCUCCUCACCGGAGUCCCCGCGGCUCGGGCAAAGCGGAAGACAGCCAGAGGCGCGCGGGCUUGACGAGGAAUCGCUCGUGGAGGGGCGCGAACGUGGAGCCCUUUUCCAGAGCAAGUGGAUGAAUUUCUCGCUGGUGGUUCAGCUUUCCGGGGUGGUCAGUGGCCCAGGUUCGAGUCCCCGCUUCAGCCGCCAUGGCGGAUGCGGCGGCCAGGCUUCUCCGGGCCAGGGCAGCGUUGCACGUGUGGCCCCGCUGGGCCCCGAGCAGCUGCGGCAGGUCCUGAAGCAGGUGAGGAAGGCGACACCCCCACCCCUGACGCCCCCGCGCUUCCUGAGGCUGAAGGCGACAGCUGCUGCUGCCGCGGCCCAGCAGGCCGCCCUCCAGCGGGACCCUGGCGCCGAGCCCCCGUGCCCGCCACGCCUGCUGCCGCCCCAGCAACUAGAAGCCAUUUGUGUCAAGGUAACAUCUGGAGAAACAAAAGGUCAGGAACGGCCAAUGUCCCUACUGGCCACAGUCCAGCCCCAAUCUGCAAGACAGAGCCAGCCGCCCCGGAGGAAUUCCCGCCUGGUGGGACUCCACAUCACCAGUCCCCAGCUGCUCAGGGUACGGCCCCUCGUGAGAACCGAGCCACAGUCAUGUUUCCUACAUCAGCCUCCUGCUCAGGGGUUUGUAGAGAGACCACUGCCAGCCCUCUAGGUGGUCCCUGCAAAGAGAGUCCCAGCCCCCAAGGCUCCAAAUGGACAGGGCACCAUGUUGACCCCUUUGUCGGCCUCCAGUUCGCCGACUGUAACUGUUUCAUCCAGUUCGGGACGUUUAUUUAUUUCCAACUUGCAUACAAAACAUGCUGAGAAACUAAAACCAUCGUUAAAAGCGAAGACACUGAGACGGUUAUCUCGACCUGCCAAGUAUAAAGCUAAAGAUAAGUUCAUAAAAAGGGAUGAUUUGGCCGACGGUCAUCUGCCAGAUUCUGAUGAUUAUUCAGAACUCAGUGUGGAAGAAGAUCAGAGGGAGAGGCAGGCGCUUUUUGACUUAUCAAGCUGCUCCCUGAGGCCCAAAAGCUUUAAGUGUCAGAGUUGUAAAAAGUCAUAUAUAGGGAAGUGGGGACUGGCCCAGCAUUUUAAACUUAAUCCAGGCCAUGGCCAGCUGGACCCUGAGAUGGUGCUGUCUGAGAAAGCCAAUGGGAACACCCUCCGGGGCUGCACAGAGGAAAGGACGCUCAGCCUGACCUCCCCAGGGCUGUCCAUGCCAGCAGCUCCGCGUGAGGGACGGGCCUGCUCCUGCUUGGCGAGAGAGUCAGCACGUGGCGGUGGCCUGCAGGUCAUGUUUGCAUCUGGGUGUCGUUUUCGGCCAUUCUCACACUGUUAUAAAGAAAUACCUGAGACCAGGUAUUUUAUAAAGAAAAGAGGUUUAGUUGGCUCACAGUUAGGCUGCAGCCCAGGCUGCCUGUGCCCCACACUUCCCAUGGAUGCAGGGUCAGUGCGCCCCUCUGGAGCUGACAGCCCAGCCUGUGCCCAGGGCCUUUCUGCCUUCCCUUCCCGCCCUAUCCUGAGAGCUCACUAUGCCCUCUGUGGCCCCGACCCCAAGGCUUGUUUGUUUCUUGGCCUGCUCCUCCCUGCCCUGCGCCAUACGGAACACACAGUAGGUGCCCACUGGGGAGUGAAGGAAACGCCCCCCACUGAGUGGCUGCUCAGGGGCUGA